CAUUACGUUUCAUUAUUUCCGGCCGGGAGAAAUGGCGGGUGAGAACAGAGAUACAAUGGAAGAUCUUGAGGAUGGAGAGUUGUCUGGAUCUAAUUCCGACUCAGAAAUGGGAGCAAAUGUAGAUGGUCGGGGGAAGGUGCCUGCAGCCCAGGCCUUCACUGGCCAGUCCUUCCAGAGCCGUGCCCCGGCACAGGCACCUCUGUCCGCCGCCAGCUAUCGCACCAUGCCCACUGCAGAUUCUUCCGCCAGCGAUUCCGACUCUGACGAGGCCGCCGCGUUGUGGCGACGGAAACGACAGAAGAGCUCGCACCCUCCGCCGCCACCCUCCGGGCCUGCCAGGACCCCGGCGCCACUGUUUGGGGCGGCAGCAGCAGGCCGCAAGGUGAACAACAUCUGGGGCAGCGUGGUGCAGGAGCAGACCCAGGAAGUGGUCGCAACCGAGCUGGGCAUCAUGGGAAUGGAGGGCGACGUGAGCGUGAGCAGCAGGCAGAGCGAGACGUACAACUACGUAUUUGCUCGUAAGAUGAUGGAGCGCGAGCGGGAGCAGGAGGAGCAGGAUGAGACGGCGAUGUUGGAUGACCAGCUGGAGGACUACAUGAAACACAAAGGGCCCAAGUACGACAGCGACAGCCACCUGAAGAGGAAGAGGACCGCCAAGGAGAGGCUGGGGCCCAGGGCCGAGAUGGACAUCCAGGGCUGCAGUGAGAUCACUGAGGACGACCCCGAUGAGAAAGUUAUUGACGAGAUCUCUCACAGGCUAAUGGAGCCAAAGCAGGACCUUAUAGAGCGUGUUGUGAACGUCAUUGGAAAGAAGAAGGCUAUUGAACUCCUGUCAGAGACUGCGACAAUAGAACAGAAUGGCGGCCUGUACACUAUGGAUGGAAGCCGAAGGCGAACACCUGGAGGUGUAUAUCUGAAUCUACUGAAGAACACACCAAGCAUCACACAUGAACAAGUUAAGGAGAUAUUUCAGGAUGAGAACCAGAAAGAAUAUGCGAGCAAGAAAGCAGCCAAGAAGAGACGGCGACACAUUGUGGCCAAGAAGAUGAAGCAGGCUCUCAACACCCUCGACCUACAGGAGCAUGAUGAUGUCUCCAGGGAGACCUUCGCCAGCGACACCAACGAGGCUCUGGAAUCUCUCGAGGAAGUUCCGGAAGACAUUGUGGAACCUGCUGUGGGUAUUGAGGAAACGCCAGUGGUCUACAACUCCAAUGACCUAGAGGUCUUCUGAUGCAACUGGACUGUGUGCAUCGGUGUGCAUCUCGUGGGUCAAACACAGACUGUGGCGUUACUGUUGCAGACGAACACAACAGAAAAAAAUGGCCGUCAUUGGCCAAACUGAUGCACUGCCCCCCAACACAGCUCCAGAGUGCCACUGGCUCAUGAGCAUGACUCUUUAAGAAAGCACUAAAUUCCUUCCUCCUCUGCCAUGCUUAAGAAGCUAGCUGUGUCCAUGGGUUUCUCCGGUGGAAGGACAAGUCUGUAGUGAUGCAGAAGUCACAAAUAGGUGUUGCCAUCUCUUCCUUUAGACCCUGACUCUUACGAAAACAUCAGCUUCCGUUGUGCGUACACUACUUGUGGUAGAAUUGCAUAAAGGACAAUGCAAUGACACUCAGCUAUGUCCAAUUACAGUGUAUGAAACAAUCUGAAAGCUUUAUCCAUCAACUUACAUCGGGUGCACUUUUAUUUGUAUAAAAGUGGUAUUCUGUUAAUGUUGCCCUCCCAGUUGGAAAACCUACUUCGUAUGACUUCAAAGUGUGUGUGUGUCUAUCUGAGAAAGCUAAAUGUUAAGUAGCAGCUGAUAUAACCCUGACCUAAUGUAGGGUGUGAAACACUGCACAUAUUUGCAUGUUUUUUGUUUUGUUUUUGUUUGUUUUUCCCCCCAAUUUUGACAAGAAUAUAACAAAUAGCUUAAGGAGUGCAGCAGUCUCUGGAAGAAAGGGCACUUACUGUAUUAAUUAAUUACAGUCUGUUUUGCAUUUGAAAACAAUAUUUUGUACGUCAUGUCUUUCAGAAGUCUUUGACAGCUGUUUUUCACUUUGAUGAACAUUGUGGAAGACGAUGAAACCCGUUUUGUCAUUUCUGAGUUGUUAACAUUGCAGCUGAUUACACAUUAAAAUCUGUCCUUUCUGCCGA